AUGAACGUUACCGCGUCAACCCCAGCGGCCAGGGUCCGUGUAUCGCAGCGUCAGCCACAAGCCUGCCGAGAAGUCGUCCAGCUUAGACGCAAUGCCGUGCAACACGGGUCAGAGAUUCAAUUUUUGCAAUCGCUUGUGGCAGACCUCGAAUCAUCUCCAUCUGAUUCAGCUCCCCUUGUUCAAAAGAUUAAAAAUCGAGUAUUUCGGCUGGAGACCGGCCAAGAUCCCGCAGAAUCAGAUGUAUCCAACACCCCCUCGGCACAACCGGAAUCAAGUGCUGAGGACCGUGCACCUGGCAAAGUGUCACUUAGUGUAACUGAGAACACCUCAAAUCAAAUUGACUCCUCACUGCUCACAGCGAUUGAACAUCUUGCUUGGGGUCGUAAUUCUGCUGGAUGCUUCCCCCACAGGACAUGCUCCUGCCAGUAUCGCAAGGAUGGACCCCAAUCGCUAUCAGGGACAAGUCCUUUCCUAGCCCAUGGCCCUAGUCUGGAGCUGAACUCUGCUUUCCCCAGUGCUAUGGAUGCCCAGAAGCUGAUCAAGUUUCAUCUAUGCCACCUGGCGUGGCAUCACAAUUGCAUUCACGGUCCAACAUUUCUCGAACAGUGCGAGUUGUUUUGGGCAACUGGGAAAUUCGAUGACCCUCUCUGGCAAGCGCUCUACUUUUCUAUCUUGAGUUCCACUGUGAGCUCCAUACAGGAUAGUGCGAAAGUAAGAGAACUUGUUGAUGUCGACCUACAGGCAAUACAAUCUACACAGCAGCUGUUCUCUGCUAUGGUGCAGACACUGUACAACUCACAUUUUCUCAGCAAUCUCUCCAUAUACUCUGUUCAAGCAAUCGUCAUAUCGACCGAGGUUGCCCAUAAUCUUGGCUUGAGCCAGCUGAAUGCGACUCUAUUCAAUGCUGCAGUACGUAUUGCCGAGUGCCUUGGGAUCCACAAGAUUCAAGAUCAACCAAUGAAGGUUGCUGAAAACAAAGAUCAAUGGGAUGAGAAGGUGGAACGAGAAGUGGGGAAGAGGGUAUGGUGUCAAAUGAUCAUCCAAGACCAUUUCGCCAUUCCCUUUACCGACACCUACAGUAUCUCUCCGAUGCAUUUCUCGACAGGUCGCCCCAUGAACGCUGAUGACUAUGACUUGGUGGAUAUGCCUAUCACAACCCCCACAAUAAGCACUUAUAUCCGCGUGCUUGUGAAUCUUGCAGAAUUGAUGCCCGGCCUAGUUGACGGACUCGGUCCAAUGAAAUUCAGAAAGCCCAUGCGAAAGCAGUACGAACAUAUUCUGGAUAUAGAUCAGAAAAUGAGAGGCAUUGUGAAAAACAUACCCCCUUUCUUUCUGCGUGGAGAUAGAACAAAGGAAGCGCAAAUCCCAUGGCUUGCUAUCGCUAGACGAAGUCUCGCUAUCACUGCAGCCGAGAAGAUCAUCAUGAUCCAUCGGCCAUUUCUCUUCCGCUCUUUCAAUGACCCCACAUAUAUCUAUUCACGACGUACCUGCGUUGCUGCUGCGAUGACAAUUCUGCGUGAGCACGAGGUGAUCGUAAGAGAAGGGGAUAUUUCCAUAUGGACCCAUACAGCAUUUGCGAUUACCGCUGCAGUCAUUAUGUGCUUUGAAGUCAAUGCAACUGCAGAGAAUCAAGCCAAUAUCGCACAAAGUCACAAGGACGCAAUAGUCGCAGCUCGUACCCGCCUUGCUGAUCGAACUAAUGACGUCCUUGCUCAGCGCGGCGUCGCGUUAAUCAAUGCAAUCUUUACUUCCGAUACAGCCUCGGGUCCCGCAGGACUUGGAAACAGAAUGAUUGAUUUUGGUCAAAUUUUGGCUAAGUUCUCGACUUUUACGAGAAUGAAUCUAGGUCCUGAAACCCCUGACACAUCUGUUAGCAGAUUCUCAAACUCAGAUCCUCAAGACGUGAUCGGUGCCCAUUUCAAUGAAAUGCAGCCAGCUUGGGAUACAGCGGAAGAUAUCGAUUUUGACGCAUGGUUCAACGGAACAUUCCACACUCUACAUGAUCCUCUUCAGUUUUGA